UUUUAUUUGCAAGUGGAUGUAUUAAAAGCUGUUCUACAAUUUUAUUAUUAAAUUCACAAUAAAUCAUGUUGGACGGCUGGUACUGCCGUACACUUGCAAACCAGGAGGCCUCAGUCAAAAUCGAACAGGAGAGCGAUGAAGAAGCCCGUACCACUUCAGUGUCAGCUCCGGGUGUUAUAGACUACAAGGAGCGGUACAAAAAACUUAAACAAAAACUGAAAUUCCUCGUAUAUGAAAAUGAGUACUUCCAGGAUUUGAUCGCCACUAACCAAAGAAGGCUGCUUAAGGUUUCGCGCGACCGCGCCUUUCUUUUGGAUCGUCUGCUGCUGUACGAGAAGCCAGCGAAGGACUCCAGUGAUAGUGACGCAACUGACAGUUCUGAUGAUGCAGAAUCGGUGGCGCCAACUUCUUCUGCAACAGUGGCAUCAACCUCAUCAGCAGCUGGGAAUUUGGGUAACCAAUCACAGCCGCAAAUCGUUAUGGGAUCAUCAAAGGAAAUUGUGCGAAAACGAAAAGCUGAAAGCAAAGGAUGUCCACCAAUGUCGACUUCAGUUGUGGGAGGUGCGACUCGUGGACGCAAGCGUAAAAUAAACUCACUGGCAAUAAGCAGUCAACAUUCGGUGGUGGUGAAAAAGCCGCCCGUGAUGGCAACAGUGUCGCCAUCGCUUCAACAACCACCUACUAAAGACGAGCCCCUUAGCACAGCCGAAAUAACGCGGCAAUUGCAGGAACGUCGCCCUACGCCUAUCGAGCUUAUGAGUCCUGAGUGCGCCUCUGCAACUGUGCCGGCAACAAUGCUCAGCGAUGACAGCCCAUCGAAAUGCUAUCCUAAUGAAAGCUUGCAGCAGCUGAUGGAGGAUGACUCGCCCACACAUGUGGCCGCCGAGGAAUGCGUGGCGAUGGAAUAUACUACUUAAAUUACAUGCUACUCUUCCCAAAUAAUCAUACACUUAUAUAACGUACAAUGUUAUCUUUUAAUCAUUUCCCAAUUAACUGAAUUAAAACAACAUUUUCACCACGCA